AGAGGAUAUGACAUUGGUUUGAAAAUAAAGACUGUCUAACAACUGACCCAGUGAGUCGGAGCCCCUGCUCAUUGUGCAACUUCGCCUUGGUUCGGAGGACGUACCAUGAUUGAUCUACCUAAAGCAGUUAAGCUCUCCUUCUCGAAACUUCCUCCAAACUGGUCCUAUCUCAAAGUCUCUGUUAUGACUCCCGUCAACCUGGACAUAACGGACAUCGAGUUCAAGUCCGCUAUCAUGCAGUCACUACAGGUACAUCACGGUAAAGUUGGUUCGUUAUCACAUGUGGACGUUCUGAAGAUAACGUCAAUGACAAAGUGUCACAACGGUUACUACUCUUGUCACGUGAUAUUACGCGUUGCCAGGCAACAAAAACAGCACGUUUGGAGCGCCCUUACUCUUAUCAAAUCCUUCCAGGGAUCACGAUGCGCUAUGAACGUCGUGAAAGAGUCGCCUGUGUUAGUGUCGCUGUUACCGAGCCAAACGUCACCUCACAUCGGGCAUUCCCGUUACAGGCACCAACCUGCCGUCUUCUGAGCUGCUCGUGACUCGUGACGUCAUCAAUCACGUCACGUCACUUCUCACGCGUUACUGUCAGCCGAUUGCCUCCGGAGGAUAUCACGCUCAGUGAUAGAUUGUGAUCUGUGGAAGAGUUUGCUUCUAGGAGAGAAAUGUUGAAUUAAAUUUUGUUUUGUAUUUCAGUGAAUUUUUUACUCCCCUCCCUGAUUUUCUGUUUACCCUUCUAGAUUUUUGUUAAACGCUCUUGUUAAGUUAGGUAUGGUGUUUUAACUUAGAAUUAGAAUUAGAUUGUAAGUUGAAUUGAAUUGUGGGACACUUAAAGGUGCUGGUUUUGGAAUCCUUGCCAGGAGUGAUUUGAGACACUUUUUGAGUUAACGUUUGAAUCACUAGAAUAUGUGAACCCCAAUAUUCCAUCUAAAUCAGAUAGGAUAGUAUUGUGGCGGGAACACAGUUUUUGCUACAUUGAGUGUUGAUUUUCAUGCUUCAUGUUAUUUUCACCUUAUAUCUUGUUCUUAUUAUUGAAAAUGAUAAAAAGUAAUAAGAAUGCAAUGUUGGUGAGUUGGUCGCUCAAUUUAUUUAAAAAAUCUGAGAAUCUUGCGUUCUAAACAAACGUGUCGAUUUCCAAAUCAAUUUUCACUCUUUCAUUUGCAUUGGUCACUGUUGUCGUUUACAAAAUAGGAGUUUCGCAAUAAGAACAAAAUGGUAUGGAACAAGAUUUGGUGUUUUUAAUUUCUAAUUUUCAUUUGCAAUUUGCAUGAAAUUUCGUCUGCAGGGCUAAUAUGUUUAAUGCCACUUAAAUUGUGUUACUAUUAGCUUACGAAUUUGUAACGUUUUACUUAAGUCUAUGAUGAGGAUACUUUACUUUGUUAACGCA